AUGACACCGGCUGAGCAUAAAUGUGACAUCAUAAAACUUGCACCAUUUGCACUAUCUAGGGACUUUAAAAAAAUACAUUUGUUUGUUUUCAAGGUGACUUUUGCGAACAGGUCUACUUUUUCACCGAUGCCCCAAGAACAGAAGCAAAAGAAGAAACGGGUUCCAAUCACUGCCCUCACCAAGCAAGAGAUAUGCAUUAAAAAAAGAGAAAAUAUGAAACUCAGGGACGAAGACCUCGCCAAAGAAUAUGGCCUUGACCGAAGUACGAUCACAAAGAUCCUCAAACAAAGAGAUAAAUGGUUAGCCAUAGACCCAAACUCAAACUAUGCUAAACAAAAGACACAAAAGUCUCCAAAGUUUCCACAAAUUGAAGAAGCUUUGGCUCAAUGGUUGACGGUGACCAUUUCUCAGGGAAAUGCCGUCAGCGAUGGUCAGCUCCAAGAGAAAGCACUCGAAUUUGCCCAGAUGUAUGGGCUUCGUAAUGAGUUUCAGGCCUCAAAUGGGUGGAUAUCAAAAUUCAAAAAUCGUCAUCAAGUUCGUAGUGGCGAUAGUUCGGGUGCUCCGGAUGUCUCUUUACAGAUUCCACCUCAAUCAGUGCCUAUCACUGGGACGGUAUUAUCUCCACCUGAACAUUCAAAUUAUAGUAGUACAGUGAGUUUGCCACCCACCUCCAACUACACAACAUCUCAGUCAAUAACUUCUACGUCAAACAGAACGAACGGGACAAACGCGCUAAUUGGUUCUGCUUCUAGCUCUCCUUAUAUUUUUGGGGCUUCGACGUCAAACUCAAUGGGACCUCAUUACAUUCCUUCUAGGAUAUACCCUGUAUCAACAACCAUUGCGCCUCAUAUCCCACUGGAAAAUGCAGCGUUUAUAUUCUGCGAUUAUCAGAAUGAUGUUAUUGGCAUGUUCCAAACCAGCAAUACUUUAAAUCAAUUCUUAACACGUUCAAAACAGCUAUUUACCGCCGUUCAUCAGGCACAGCAAAAGAAAAACAUCAGCUGCUUCUCUGUUGGUCUUUAUUUCCGUCCUGGUUAUCCCGAAGUUUCUCCAAAUAACCGCCAUUUUGAAAACUUGAAAAGUUUAGGAAGACUCGUUGACGGUACUAAAGGUGCUGAGUUCAUUGAUGGAAUGGUACCAAGAGAUAAUGAUAUUGUAAUUCAAAAACGCCGCACCGAUGCAUUUUACAACACUGAUCUUCAGAUGAUUCUUGAAUCCAGAAACAUCCAUCACAUAAUCCUAUCUGGUAUUGCAACGGGUGAUGUAAUUCUAUCCACAACCCGUUCUGCUGCUGACAGAGAUAUGAGUAUCACUGUUGUGAGAGAUUGUUGCUUUGAUGGAAGUGAUAUGGUUCAAAACGUGUUAAUGGACGAAAUCUUCCCCAAGCAAGGCGUUAUGGUGGUUUCUUUUGAAGAAAUUGUAAAUGGUUUAAGAUCAAUUUAA